AUGCUUCUGGAUGCUGGACCGCAGUAUCCCGCCAUAGGAGUCACUACCUUCGGAUCCUCCCGCCACCACUCCACGGCCGAUGUCACGGACAGAGAAGUGGGGCUGGGGAUCAACCCCUUCGCCGACGGCAUGGGCGCCUUCAAAAUCAACCCCAGCACCCACGAGCUGGCCUCGGCCGGCCAGACCGCCUUCACCUCGCAGGCGCCCGGCUACGCGGCGGCGGCCCUGGGGCACCACCACCACCCGACCCAUGUCAGCUCCUACUCCAGCGCCGCCUUCAACUCCACCCGGGACUUUCUGUUCCGCAACCGCGGCUUCGGGGAGGCGGCGGCCGCCAGCGCCCAGCACAGCCUCUUCGCCUCCGCCGCCGGCAGCUUCGCCGGACCCCACGGACACACCGAUGCCGCGGGACAUAUACUUUUCCCGGGGCUGCACGAACAAGCCACCAGCCACGCCUCGCCUAACGUGGUGAACGGGCAGAUGCGCCUGGGCUUCUCCGGAGACAUGUACGGCAGACCCGACCAGUACGGCCAGGUCACCAGCCCCCGCUCCGAGCACUACGCCUCGACCCAGCUGCACGGCUACGGCCACAUGAACAUGAACAUGGCAGCCCACCACGGGGCAGGGGCCUUCUUCCGCUACAUGCGGCAGCCCAUCAAACAGGAACUCAUCUGUAAGUGGAUUGAGCCCGAGCAAUUGUCAAACCCCAAAAAGUCCUGCAACAAAACUUUCAGCACGAUGCACGAGCUGGUGACUCAUGUCACGGUGGAGCACGUUGGAGGACCCGAGCAGUCCAAUCACAUAUGUUUCUGGGAAGAGUGUCCGAGAGAAGGGAAACCUUUCAAGGCCAAAUACAAACUUGUAAAUCACAUCAGAGUCCACACAGGUGAAAAGCCUUUCCCCUGCCCCUUCCCAGGCUGUGGCAAAGUGUUUGCCAGAUCAGAGAAUCUCAAAAUACACAAAAGAACUCAUACAGGUGAAAAACCAUUUAAGUGUGAAUUCGAGGGCUGUGACAGGCGCUUUGCAAACAGCAGCGACCGCAAAAAGCACAUGCAUGUGCACACUUCCGACAAGCCCUAUCUCUGCAAAAUGUGUGACAAGUCCUACACGCACCCCAGCUCCCUCAGAAAGCACAUGAAGGUCCAUGAAUCAUCCUCGCAGGGGUCCCAGCCUUCUCCCGCCGCCAGCUCAGGCUACGAGUCCUCCACCCCUCCAACCAUCGUGUCUCCAUCCACAGAAAACCAGACCGCCAGCUCCUUAUCCCCUUCCUCCUCCGCAGUCCACCACACGUCCAGCCACAGCACGCUUACAUCAAAUUUUAACGAAUGGUACGUCUAA